AAACUACUCGGAAAGAUGCAUCGUUUGAUGGCACGUGGAACGUGUAGAAUUCUAGCAAAGAGCUGGACCCACAGAGGUUCUUCAGAGCCCUGCACAUUCAUUGCCAGCCGGAAUCCCAGGCCAUAUGGAACGCAGAAGUCCGAUGGCUUCAGCCACAUGCUGACAUCCGAUCACUGUUCGGGCAACCUAGCAGAUGUUGUUAAGAGCAUCCGCGAUCGGGUAGAUGUGGAUUUUGGCUAUCAUACGGUGCCCAAGCCGCGCGAUCAUCUCUUAAAGUACCAGCCAAAGCUCGAGGAGCUGCCCACACGCAGCAUGCUGGACUCGCACACCACGGUCGUGUUGCCUCUUAGCUCGGAUGAGUAUAUACGGGAGCGGUAUGUCAACUAUUUGGGUAGGGUACGCAUGGGACGCAUCAUGGAGGAGCUGGAUAUGUUUGCCGUGUGGCUGUGCCACCGGCAUGUGCUGCUGCCCAAUCUGCCAAAGGAUGUGCCGCUGCCGUACACAUUUGUCACGCUGCUCGUCGACAAGGUGGAGUUCAUCAACAUUGAGCGGCUCAAGGCCAAUCAUGACAUCCAUCUGAGUGGACACAUUUCGUGGACGGGUCGCAGCUCCAUGGAGAUCACCAUCUAUGUGCAGCAGCUGGCGGAUGGCGAGUACAUCGAUGUGACAAAGGCUCUCUUUCUUAUGGUGGCUCGCAAUGCCACAAACACUGGCUCGGCGCCCGUUAAUCCCCUGAAGCCUGCCAAUGACACGGAACAGGCCAUCUGGCAGGAGGCCGAGAAACGCCAAAAGCAACGCCGCACAGCGCAAACCGAAUCGGUGCUCAAUUCUCCACCGCGAGAGCACGAGCAGGCCAUUAUGUAUGACCUGCUCAAGCGCACCACCAUACCGGACAACAUGGACCUCAAUCGACGCAUUCUGCCCCCCAAGUGCCGAUGGAUGCAGGACUCGCAGCAAACCACCAUGAUAUCCCCAUUCCCAGAGAAUCGCAAUGCCCAGAACACCAUAUUCGGUGGCUACAUCAUGCGGCAGGCCGUCGAGAUUAGCUUCAUUAUGGCCAGCAUCUAUCUGCGCGGCCGUCCAAUACUCCAUUGCAUCUCGGACAUUAGUUUUCUUAGCCCCGUGAAGGUGAACACGUUCCUGCAGAUGACCGCCUAUGUGGUGUACACGAACAAGAACUAUGUGCAGCUGAUGACGGUGGCACACAUUUGGGAUGUGCAGAGUGGCGAGGACAGGACCACAAAUAUCUUCUACCUGACCUACAAGGCUGACAAGAUUGUGGACGAGGUGCUGCCGCGUUCGUAUCGCGAAAUGCUAUGGUAUAUCCAUGGCAGGCGAAAGCUACUGGCGGCCCUCAAGCUGGAGCCCGAGUACCCAGGCGAGACCGAUGGAGAGAAAGCAAAAACUGAAAAUAAAUGAGACGCGCUUAGUUCUUUCAUACCUCGACACAGA